GAGCUUCAGCGUUUUCAUUUUUCUGUAUUCUUGAAAUCCGGCACAAUACAUUGAUUCCCAAGAUGAAGGGGCUGCCUGGCUUUGUUGAUUGAGUGCUUGCUAUAUCAAAUGCAAAUGUGCCCAGGGGGUAGGGUAAGCCCAAAGCUUUUGGGCUGAUAAAAAUACAGCUUUUUUUGCACUUUUGGCAUAUUUGUUGCAAAAAAAUUGCAGAGCUUUGGGCCCAGUUGCGCAGUCCAUAGGCCUGCAUUUAUUGCGCUAUGGCUUCUGCGCUUCCUCUGUUCUGUGCGCAUGCUAUUUGGCUUUUCAAUUUUGUGUUGCGCGAUGAAGGUGCUGCGCCGCUAGUCGUCUCGCCAUGAAGUCCACGUGGGGGCCGUUGUCAAGAGCAGGCUUCCACCUGCUGCUGCCGCGCUUUUCCCAGCGGCAGCAAGCCCAAAAGUUCUGGGGCCCGUGGCUGAAAGUGGAAACUGGAGCAAAUUUCUCGGCGUAGCCCGAAAAGCCCGCCCGAAAUACCAAUCGCGCCUUGCGUUGUGGCCUACGUGCCUGCCUGUUCCUGCGCUGGUUUGUUUGGGUCGGUGCAACAACUUAAGGCUCGAAUGAGCCGGAUUUUUAAGUCUUUGCAGCCAGCACGCAACGAAUUGCGGCGUGCUGGCUGCAAAGCUUUACAGUUGCACGCAAGCGCGCCAUCAUAGCAUGGCUCUUUUUGAGUACGCAGCAGCUUGCGUAUUCGUCGCGCUUUUCCAAAUCCUGCGCACGCUCCUCACCCAAGGCCUUGCAGGUCCUUUUCACCUCAGCGCCGCACCUUCAAGCACCUUCGUCGAAAGAGCGAAGGCGUUUGGAAGUGCGAUGAUGUUCGCGCAAGAAAAACAUUUUUUAUUGCAGUAAUUUGCUACUUUGCGUGAAGGACCGAGCAGAUUGCGGUCGGAGAAGCUGGUGGAGAAGCUGGUAGAGAGCUUUCCUACCAGCUUCUCUGCCAGCUCUCCGCGUUGGCGACCGAGAUGCAAACUUGUUCGAGAAGCGAUCCGCCUUGGGCGAUAAAGAAACUGCAAGAGGCGAUGGUAUGGCGUGCGGGGAAAUUGCCCACAAGGGCGAACCUCUGCAGCCCACACGCAAUAGUUUCCUGCGUGUUGGCUGCAAAGACUCCUGCUUGUGCGUAUUUGGGCUCCGCUUUCCAUUUGUGGAUAUUUUCCUUCGUCCGGUGCUUUGUCUUGCACUGUGGGCCAACCGUUGGCCGAGCCCCUGGGCGCCCAGCGCCAGCCUCACUCCUGGCUGCCCACCCUAUCGCACAGCCUCUUGCCCCACCCCCGCCCGGCGCCGCACCUAGCGGUACAUCGGGUCCCACGCCUGGCCCAGCCCCUGGCCGGGCAAGUCUAUCCCUGGCCCAGCUCCGGCGGGCCUAGCCGGCUCGGCCUACCUCUGGCCCAACGAAGCGCCGCCCCGGGGGUUCGGGCUUCUGAGCUGCGGAACCUUCAGCACCAGCUUCGGCACCAGCUUCGGCACCAGCUUCGGCACCAACUUCGGCACUAACUUCGGCACCAGCUUCGCCACCAACCUCAGCACCUACUUUUUUCCACCUUUUUCCUACAUUUCUUUGUGUGUAUCCUACCCCCUGGGCACAUUUGCACAGGAUGUGCUACCUCCGGCGGCGCUAGUGCUGUGGUGAGUUCGUCACGACGAGCGGAAUGCCGGCGCCUUGGUCGCGGCGAAGUGCAGCGCCUCGGGAUCGCCGGAAUCUUUUCGGGGCAGGAAGAGGAUACUCGACGGCCCAGAAUGUUGAAGAGAGACGCAAUGCCCGCCAAGGCCAAGGCCCCUGAUCCUGG